UUUAUGUAAAACAGAUCAAAUACAAAGGGGCAUGAAUGUGUUUCGCCAGCUCAGUUGUAGAAGCGCAUAAAAAGCUAUUUAUAGCUAACACAAGCAGCCAGAACACCAAUAACCCGAACAAGAGCAUCACCGGAAGAACUACUGCUAGUGGCAGUAAUACAAGUCUGAAAAACAUCAAGAUGUCACGAAGUAAAACACGUAUACCAACCGAAGUCUGCGGUGAUUGUGGAGCAUCGGAUCCCUCCUGGGCCUCAAUAAAUCGCGGCAUACUACUCUGUUCCGAUUGUUGUUCAAUACAUCGAAGUUUAGGACGUCAUAUUUCAAUUGUCAAAUCUCUACGCCAAGGCAGCUGGGAACCUUCCGUAUUGAACUUCGUGAAUUCUCUAAAUGCUCAUGGUGCCAAUUGUGUAUGGGAACAUCAUUUACUCGAUAGUACAACAUCGGGUAAUAAAGGGCAACAUCGUAUCCGCAAACCCACCCCCAAAGAUCCUCUACAUCCGAAUAAAUCCGACUUCAUUAAAGCAAAACAUGUACAAUUGGCAUUCGUACUCAAGCCAAAUUUACAAGAUGCCGAUGAUGAUAUAACCGGUUCAGCUGGUUUGGAACAUGAAUUAAGCAAGCAGUUACAUGCUAGUGUACGUACCAGCAAUUUAGAGACAUCCUUACGAUUGUUGGUACAAGGUGCCGAUCCAAAUUUCUUUCAUGAAGAGAAACGUUCCACGCCCUUGCAUGUGGCUGCCAAAUUUGGCCAGGCGUCACAAAUUGAACUGUUGAUAGUGCAUGGCGCCGAAAUUAAUGUGGUCGAUGGCAACGGCUUGACACCGCUCGAAGUUGCCAAAGCCAAUAAUCACACUUUGAUUGCUGAUCGUCUGUUGGAUGCCAUGUAUGAGGUUACCGAUCGUAUUAUUAUGUUUUUGGGUGGCAAGAAACCAGAGCAUGCGUCUGGCCGCCACUUGGUUAUACCCGACACUCAUACUGGUGAAAUAAGCGAACAAUUGAAAAUUGCCCGUGGCCGUUUGCAAUUGGUACCGAAUAAAAUCUUUGAAGAGUUGGUUAUGGAUUUGUACGAUGAAGUCGAUCGCCGGGAGAAUGAAGCAAUUUGGUCUACCCCAACCGUAAAUUCGGACAAUGUUGCUGGUGUACCAUUUUUGCCAGCUAAUCCAUUUCUAAGUGCCACCCGUAAUCAGGGUCGUCAAAAAUUAGCACGUUUUAGUCGUGCAGAAUUCAAUGGCCUAUUAACGGAUGUUUUAAUUGAUGCAAGACGUCGUCAAAAUAUGGCAAAUUUACGACCACUUGAUGGACCCCAACCGCAACCACCAACCACUGCAGCAGCAGCAUCAUCGUCUAUGCCAAAUAAUAAUUUAUCUGGUUUCUAUGGUUUCAACAAUCAAAACACCACCAACAAUAACAAUAAUAACAGCAGCAGUAGCUGCAUUGGUGGCAUUGGCAAUGAUUAUCAUGAUCCAAAUUUAUCCGAUGAUGAACCAAUUUAUGAUCCCGUUGCCGAUGAUGAUUAUGAGCCAAUGCCUCCGAUGGCCCAACAGGCCAUUGUCCACCAAUCAGCCAAACCGCCCGAGGAGGUGAAAAAUUUCGAAAUGUUGCACUUGCGUAAACAAAUCAAUGAAUAUGUCUCGGAAAUCAAUCAGCUGCGUAAUGUUGUACAAAAGCUAUCAAAUGAAAAUUCCGAAUUGAAGUCGAAAUUUUCCAGUGUUGAUCAACAGCAGCAACAACAACAGCAGUCGUCAUCAGCCUCAGCAUCCAAUAACAGUGUUUAUGAUGAGCCAUUACGCAUUGACUUUAAAACCGACGACAACGAUCACGAACCACAUUCUCUGCCAGAGGCUGCUGCUGGUGGCGGCAGCUCCUCGACAUCGACAUCAUCAUCGACAACAAAUUCCCAACAAUCGACAAUUAAACGACCGGCCAGUAUGUAUGAACGUCGUUUACAAACGAACAUUAGUAAGGCCUCAGCAGAUUCUCGUAAUACCACAUCAAUGUAUCAAAUGGCUGGCAUUGAUACGGCCAAUAAAUCUUUUACCGAAGAAGUUAAUCAAAAGGCCGAUAUUGUAACACAUCGUCUCAAAGAGCUGAUACAUUCAAUGCAGGAUCCAAAUAAUAAGGAAACCCUAAUACCGUGUGCCGAACGUAUUAGGGCUGCAGUAUUGGAAUUGAUAAAUGUCUUUACAACACCGGCAAAUUGCAAUGAGACAAUACGUGAGACGCUGAUGCAAUUAACACGCAAUAAUAUUUUAAUACAGCAUAGCUGUGAAAAUUUACGCAAUUCCAUGGAGACGGAUGAUAAGACAGCAAUUGCCAAAUAUUAUAAAGAUGUACGGGAAUGUGCCUAUUAUAUAGCCAGUGCCACAAAAACAUUAGUUUUACAAUUGGACUGAAAAAUAAAAAA